AUGGCCGGACACAAAAAACAAAAAGAGCCACUACCUGAAGACUUAGGAAUGGAUGAUGUUGACGAAUUCGCAAAAGAGCAGGAGAAAAUCGAAUUGGAGAAAGCAGGAUGGGAUGGCCAGGAUGAUGUGUCAGAGGAGGAAAGUGAUAGCGAGCAGGCAGUGAUGAAUAUAAAAGAUUCUGGAGAUGAAGAUGAUGAAGAUGCAAAAGCAGAAAUCGAAGCGUAUAGGAAAAAGCUUCAGGGACCGGUGGAUGAGGAUGAAGAGGCCUAUUUUGUGGACCAGGGCGAGCCUGAGAAGUAUCUAGAGGAUGGAUCUGGCAGUGGGAAGGCCUUAAAUGGGCAGGAAGCAGAUGAUGAGGCCUGGGGAGACAGUAAAGGAGAAUAUUACGGAGCAGAAGAUUUAGAUGAAGAAGAUGAGGAAGAUGCAAAGGAAACCGAGAAAGAGGCAUUGCGGAUCCAGAAAAAGCACUUGGAGGACCUCAGCAUGGAGGACUACAUGAUUGACGAGACGAUCGACGAGUGGAAGUCUGGAAAUAAGGGCAAGGAAGAUAGCCAAGGCAAGGAUGAGGCUUUGAAAAGUAAGGAUUUGUCGCAGGUGGACGCAAUCACGCGGAAGAAGUUGUUCAAGCGGAGGUAUCCGGAGUUCAUCCCCCUCACUAAGGAGUACAAGAAGCUUAAAUCUGCGCUGUCCGGGCUUACAGAGAGGAGAGAUGGCAAGAACGAAGUUGUUGAGAUCAAGUUUGCGACACUUUCAUCUUAUCUGGGAAUAGUUGCGACAUACUUUGCUUUGUUCUUGUCGAAACUUCAGGCCGAGGAGCAAUUUUCAAUGAAGAACGAGCCAAUCAUGACAUCCAUAGUGCAGAGCAGACAAAUCUGGUAUCAGGCGAAGGACUUACCUGAGGAUUUAGUUGAGGAUACAGAUGAUGAGGGUAGGAAUGAAGCUGAUGAGGGUGUUAAUGAAGACGUUGGUGCGGAUGAUGAGGACGUUGGUGGAAAUGAUGAAGACGUUGGUGGAAAUAACGACGAUGAUGUUAGUGAAGACGCUAAUGGUGUUAAUGAUGAUGAUGAUGAUAUGCUCAACUUCCAUCUUUCAGGAAAACAGGAAAUCAAGCAUCUUAAGCCAAAGAAUCUCGAGGACAUUGAUGAAGUUGAUGCUGAGGAGAAGAGGCAUAGAAAAAGAACGCUUGGUUUCUACACAUCGAAGAUUGACCAGCGCGAAAAGAAGAAGUUCACCAAGUUUCAGGGAGAUGAGGAUAUACCGUAUAAAGAAAGAUUGUUCGAGAGACAGCAAAGGCUUAUUGAGGAGGCCAGAAAACGUGGUGAUAGGGGUAAUAAGAAUGCACCAGGUGCAGACUUGGAUGAUGAAGAUAUGAAUGAAGAUGAUAUGAAGAUUGCCAACAGCGUUAACGGUACCGAAAAUGCAUCUGGUGAGGAAUAUUACGAAAAAGUGAAGUCUCAGAAAGCAGCCAGAAAGGCUGCAAGGCGACAUGCACAUGAAGAGGCGGUGAAGGCUGCCAGAAGUGGAAAGUUGGCCGAAUUGAGCGAGAAUAUGGACGAAAACGGAAAGAGAGCCAUCAACUACCAGAUAUUGAAGAAUCGCGGUUUGACGAAAAAGAGAAAGAAGGAAAACAGAAACGCCAGAGUCAAAAAGAGAAGAAAGUUCGCCAAGGCCCAGAAGAAACUCAAAUCUGUCCGGGCAGUUUACCAAACUCCAGAAGGCCCAUAUCAGGGAGAAAAGUCUGGUAUCAAGAAGAAUAUCUCGAGGUCUGUCAAGCUGGUGUAG